AGAACCAUCAUCAAACACAUAAAGAAGUGUGCUACUGCCUCAUCUUUAGAAUGGACGAGGAGAGGAUAGUUGUCCUUGCUCGCAGCACUGUCAAUCAAUUCAACACUAUUGGUUUCCUUUUUCCGUGACGAUAAUUCUGAUGAACUCUUUCGUCAUCGCCAACGAUGUCUUGACGAGCGCUAGCUACGCGGACAGUGAUGUGACGCAGUGGAUCCUGCGCAUUUGGCGCGAUUCCACCAGCCAAUCCGCACAACAAGCAUCGUCUUCAACGGUGCUAGCCCACGCCAACACACACAUCAAUUCUUCUGCGCUUCGCAUGGCGGCUGUGCAACUGUUUGGCGACAGAUCUACCGUGUCGCGUGAGAACCUCAGCCCCGUCGAAGGCUGCCUCCGCAUAACGGACACCACGUCGCUGAGGCGCCGAUAUCGUCAAAUUGCCCUUCGCGUGCACCCCGAUAAAAACACUUCCCCCCACGCAGCCGAAGCUUUCCAGUUGGUGCAGAGCUGCUUCGAGUAUGCGGUGUCUGCUGGCAGCGGCGUGACCGCAUGGACGUGGCGUCCAGUCGUGAGGAGGUCUACGGGAAUUGAGGAACGAGCGGAGAAGGACGCGGACGACAACCGCGUUGGCAGCGCCGCCUCCGUGCCUUCCUCCCUCUUCUCUUCGUCGACGUCUUCCGCGUCUUUCACGUCCCACUCCGCACGGACUUCGCCUUUUUCGUCUUCUUCCUCGUCUCACAGCAGCCGUGGCGGCAGCAGGGGUGCGUCGAGCUGCGGGGACGAAGCACAAGGACAAACAGCGCGGUCGUCACACUACGGCACGUACGCGUCGUCGCUGUCACCGCCCGUGUGCGGGAAAAAAGCAGGUGCGACGGGAGCAGCGCCACCAACGAUGGAGACUGCGGUGCCGGAGCCCCCGACGGUGCUUUUUGCGGCCAACGCGGCGUCACCCACCCUUGAAACGAAUACUCCAGAAACGGAGUCUAACGGGAUUCAAAGGAGGCGGAGGAGCUCGAGGCAGGCACCACAAUCUCCGCCACCGCCGCCGCUUGUCUUUGGCGUGGAGGACCACAACGAAGGCGUGGAGAACAUUCUCAGCGAGUGCGCCGUGCCGUCGCCUCCCAUGGCUUGCAACGAUGCGCGAGGCUCCCCACCUCAUCACCCACGGAUGUCAGAAGCUUCUCGUGAUCCGUCGCACAACGCCACGGAUCCGUGUCACUUCCUCCAUCGAAUCGGUGUUCCCUGGGAGGAAAGCACAAAAUCACGGCACAAGCCGAAAGCGUCUGCUCGCGGGAGCGUGUUGGAGGGGAGCGAUUCUUCUUCCGCUGUGCCGCCGCCGCCUUCCGUGUUUGACCGCCCGCCGUCGCCACCGUUCACUGCAGGCGGCCGCCAAACACACUCGGAUUCAUCCACCGUGAGAGCGGCCCAGCGGCACCGCUGGCAGCCUGAACUCCCCACCUUGGCGGAGUUGCUGGCGCGAUUAGAUGAGGAAGACGACGUAGAAGACAGGGCUGAACAGCAGAAUGCUUCGUCCCACUUUUACGGGUCAUCGGUGCGUGCGGCCCAAACGCGAACAGCAGACGCGUCGCUGUAUUUCGAUGUAGCACCUUUAGGCGGUACGCCGGAGGCAGCGCGGACAUCGUCCGGCGGACACGCUCGUCCUUCACGCGCGAAGGCACGCGACGCUGUUCACGCACCUCGCGCCGGAAAGAGCGCUGCUGAUUCUUUUGAGAAGUAUGACUCCUCAAGAAGCGGUCGCUUACCGGGUUCAAAACCACACCCUGACGUUCUGGCAGCAGCGCAAUUGCUGGCUUCGAACGGAGCUUCAGCUCACGCGACACCGUUUGAAAAGAUGUACCCAGGAGAUGAUGCGUUUGCGCGUCUCACUACACGUGGUGCUGAGGGCGACAAAUGCCCGGUGGAGCCGUCGAAGUUGCGCAGCCGAAGGGCGGGUGGUGGUGCCGGGGCGAGAGGUGUUGGAAGUUCACGGAACACAAAUUCCGCCGUGGCGGUGGAGCGCUGCGCUUGUGGGAAGGCACGCAAAGGUCAGUGCUUUUUGUGCGAGUGA